GCCGGGGCCAUGAACGGCCUGGCGAACCCCCUGCUGGACAAGGAGGAGCACCCGCUGCAGCUGGGCGAGAGCUUCGAGCGGCACCCCAAGGCCUCCUUCCACACCAUCCGCUAUGAUUUUAAGCCUGCGUCGAUAGACACAUCCUGUGAGGGGGAGCUACAAGUCGGUAAAGGCGAUGAAGUUACCAUUACGUUACCCCAUAUCCCAGGUUCUACUCCUCCAAUGACAGUGUUCAAAGGAAAUAAAAGGCCGUACCAAAAGGACUGUGUUCUUAUCAUCAAUCAUGAUACUGGGGAAUAUGUACUCGAAAAACUAAGCAGCAGCAUUCAAGUCAAAAAGACAAGAGCUGAAGGCAGUAGCAAAAUCCAGGCCCGCAUAGAACAGCAAUCUGCCCGAGGCUCACAGACUUCCACCCAGUUCAGAACUCCUCCGAAGCCAGUAGCUGGACCCAAAACUUCCCCAUUGAAAGACAACCCUUCACCAGAGCCUCAGCUGGAUGACAUUAAAAGAGAGCUAAGAGCUGAAGUUGAAAUUAUUGAACAGAUGAGCAGCAGUAGUGGCAGCAGCUCGUCGGACUCGGAGAGCUCCUCCGGGAGUGAUGAUGAAACCUCCAGCAGCGAUGGCAACGAGGCCGCGCACCCUUCCCCUUCUCAGCAGUACAAUAACAAAAACGCUGUUGUCAACGGUACCAGCAGGCCGCAGGGAACCAAUCAGAUCAUGAACACUCUCAGAAAUGACUUGCAGUUGAGUGAAUCUGGAAGUGACAGCGAUGAUUAGACCAAAGUUUCUCCAUUGGGUUCCUGUUACAGAUGUGUCAAGAUGCAAAUAUUACUAAGCAAGAAUAAUGCUAAUGAAGAAGCUGGCUGGGGACUCGGCUGUGUGAGCGCAGCUUCAACUAACGUGACUUUUUGAGAAUGUUCAGAAACAAUGGCUAAUACUCGAUUUCCCAUUUGUAUAAAUUGUGUAUGUUGUGUAUAUUCUUUUAAAGUUUUAAAUAGAUAUGAAUAUACUAC